AUGGUUGAAGAAACAACAUUAAACGACUUCAUAAGCUCAACAACUGAGACGCUCCGGAUUAUAACGCGGCAGCUGGGCAUGAUUGCCAAUAGUGUUGAUGAAUUAGUCACGGGCAUGAGCGCGGGCUUCAAUGGUCUGCGGGAAGAAGUGCGGGCUACAUUGGCAUCGACGUGGAACGACGAUCUGCAGUCCACAUCGGAUCCGCCCGAAGCACUGGCCCGUCCGUUCUCCCACAGUUUUUUGCCCGUCAAAACGGAGGACGACUUAAGGAACCUGGAAGUUGCGGCGGCCGGCGAUGCUUUUGUGACGGAUGCCAAGGAACAUUUUCUUUCCAAGUACCCGUACGAGAGGUACCAGGGGAACGGAAGGACAGUGCUUCUACGGCUGAUCGACGAUUUUUUCACCAGGCACUUCAUAAGCGGUUGCUUGUGGACGGGUUUCUCGGUAACGGACGAGCGGAAAAUAGCGUUUCGUAAGUACAGGGAAACGCUCAGGCUUCUCAGCAUCUUGGUGCAGCAAUCCGAUCCAACAUAUUCCUACGAACGUUGUGCGUUCGAUCUGAAGAACCUGCUACAGAGAGCGUCGAAGCGCAGUACGCGGGUGUUACGAGUACCGUCGGCCAGGCGCAAUUUCAAGCCAAAGAAAGGGAAAGAGAAUAUGGAUAAUGCGUCAGUUACUUAGUUUUGUUUAGGAUAUU